AUGCACAAACAGUUUAAGGCCGACAGGACAGAUACAGUGGAGAAACUUACGCAGAAAUACUUGGAGAGGAGAAAACAGUUGACCCUAUCAGAGGAAGAUGCCUCACAAAGCAGUAAAGAAGCAGGACAAAGGCUCAUUCAGACCCACAGAUCCAAACAGCCAAGUAAAGAGUUGAAAUGCUACCACAAAACUUUGCAUGAGCUGUUUAAAGCCAUUUCCAACUAUCCUGACCAGUUUAGCAGUGAUAGUAGUUUGCGUGGCAGUGAUGAGGACCUGAGUGGGGACUGCACAGCUACUACCCUUCAGGGUUCUCAGGUGCUGUGUACAGAAACAGAUGUGACCUUGCCUUCUUGUCUGGAUGGUAGCCCUGGGUUCCAGCAAACUGAGCCCCAGUUACAGAGAGCUUGCCGAUCAUCCGACUCGUGCUUCUCCACCUCAUUAUUAGCAAAGGUUUACCAGGAGAUGAUGACCAUCUAUGAACAACUAAAGGCAGAGCGACAGAGCCAGCAGCAGUGGGAGAGGAAGCUACAGGAGCGAGAGAAGAGGCUGAAACAACAGGAGGCGGCCCUGGGUAGCCUGGCUGGGCUGGAGGAGAUGCUCCACACUCGGAUAGUGGCUGUAAAGGAGAAACAUCAGCAAGAGAUGGGCCAGCUGCAGGAUCUCCUUCGAGAGCGGAGCAAGGACAACAGGAGGCUCAAGUCCAGCUUCGACACCAUUAAGGAGCUGAAUGAAAACAUGAAGAAACAGUUAAAUGAGAUCAGUGAACAGAAUACAAAGUUGGAAAGCCAGUCCAAGAGGGUGCAGGCUCGACUUGAAAACCUACAGAGGAAAUACGAGCACAGCGUGGCAUCGAGAGGCUGCCUCAAAGUGAGAACAGAGUGUGUUAAAGCAUCCAAAAAGGAGAAAGCUGCUGCUUCUGGAAAACCCAGCAACAAGGUCAGCUCCAGUCACAGCCCACUGAAGCUCCUGGCCUUUUUAUUGGACUGGGUACUUGAUGGACAGAUAUUCUCAUCAGUAACAGGAAAUGAGGGGAAAGAUGGAGGCCAGUUUCUGCCUCCGGAGGUCAUACUCAAUGAGAGAUGCCUCAAGGUGCUGCCGGUAUUAGCGGAUCAGCUUUCUUACAUUCAUUUGUUGGAACCCGGCCUCGUCCUCAAUAUUCUUCGCCUUAUCCACUGGGCUCUGAGACACAUCGAAAACAGCACACAGCAUGUAGCUCCAUUUGCCACUCUGCGGAGGAUAGGAGAGACUCUAUCAAAGCCCCCAGCCCAGCCAACAGUGCCCCAGUCUGAAGAUCCAGACCUACCCAAGUCAUGCAGUGGGGUUGCUGGUGGACCCUCCAGGAAUUGGCCCCUUUACCGAAGCCCCUGUCCUCACACAUGCAUCCUCUCCACCCUCAUCAUCCUCCGCACUGUCACACAAGCUGACGUGCUGGCCCAGGCUCUGGACAACCUCCAUACUGAGCUGAUGAGUGAAGAGAGUCGAGGCCUGUUCAUUCACUACGGAGGAGUGUGUGUGUUGCUGUCGGUGCUGCGGGCCAACCGCGGAGGGCUGCACCCACACAUAGAUAUUCUGAUGCAGCUCACAGGGCAGUCACGCUACAUAAAUGCUUUCCUGCAGGCGUGUAGCUGUGAGGAUUUUUUCCGAACAGCCUCCCAGCUUCUUAAAACCCCUCAUCUGGAGCUGCCGUCGCUGGAAAAGUUCUCCAUCCUUCUACAGAAGCUCUCCGGCAUCAGGUCGAAUCGACGUCUCUUUGAGCUGUCCUCCCUCCACCUCCAGAUACGAGAGCUUCAUCACAAAACCAACCCCGCACACACCUUCCUCUGCCUCAACCUCAAGUCCAUACUCCAGAACCUCAAGUAA